GUGACUCACCCACCCACACCGCCGACGCGCGCGAGAGCCACUCCCGCGAACCGGUCGGACUGACCCCCCGCGCGCGCAGGUUCCAACAACUCAAGAGAAAAGCACAAAAAAAACCAUGGCGAACCUCAUCGAGACCGCGAUGCACGUCCUGAGCUACUUCUGCGCGCCGGCGGCGUCCGCGGUCGACGGCGCGCGCUCACGCGGGCCCGCGCAGGCAUCUUCGUCAUCUACGGGUUGUAUGUAAUGCAGGACCGCCUGCGGCCGGGCCAGAACCCGAACAAGAACGGCAACAACGUGGGCUUCGGCAUGCCGGGCUCGAUCGUGGACAUCAUCACGAUCUCGCUCGUCGUGGGCUUCUUCAACGGCCUGUCCAACUUCGUCGUGUUUAUUGGAGGCGGCGAGGAGGCCCUGACGGGCAAGACGAAGCUCCAGGCGGCGAUCCUUUCCGCCACGCUCAGUGAGGAAAUCAACAAGUGCGUCAGGCCGGCCUGGAUGUAUUAUUUACUAUUCUGGCCGUCUCGACGCAGCGCGAGAGUGCUUGGCGUCCUCACACGAGGCGUCUUAGGCUUACUCACCCGAACGUUUGAUUUCCACACAGGCCACGCUCUUCUUCUUCUCCACGGUCUACGCCUUCAACGCGAUCCGCGCGCAGAACCGCUUCGGCUCGGAGUACAAGGCGACGAAGAAGCACUGGAAGGACUCGAACCCGCGCGCGAACACGGUCGCCGCCUUCUUGCUCAUUGAGUUGGUGAUCACGACGAUCUUGGCGGUGCUCGCGGCCGGCGUCCACGUGCCCAUCGUCGGCUCGUCGGACUCGGCGGCCAAGAAGGAGGACCGCAAGGAGGACGGCGCGCCGCCGGUCGCCGAGGAGCAGGCCUAGAGCCGC